AUCGGCGCUUAUUUUCAAGGUAGGUCGAAAAGUAGUUUAUCUGGUUACUAGGCAGCGAUAACGGUGCCUGUUCGCGAAGUUAUAAGGGGCAAUAUCGCGCUCGGGAAAUUACAAAUUUGGGUUAUGAAUUAUACAAGCGUAGGGAUACAUAUAUAUUUAGGACGUUGGUGAUAAGACCACAACAGUGGCCAUAGUCAGGUUGCUGAAAAGAAAACUAUCAUCGCCAUCCUGGCCUCCUCAAGUGAAAUUCGUGAAAAACUGCGAAAGAAACAGCGUGCUCUGCAGGAAAGUUUGGCAAAAAAUCAAAAUGAGGAAGACAUACAGGCUCUGGUUCCGUCUACAAAACUGAGUAAGGGGAAACUACGAACGACGAUGAAGGAACCUCAAAGCAGUGAGGAAGACCUGGGAGAGACGCUGAAACGCACAUUAAAGGCUCAAAGACAGAAGCGGAAGAAAAGGGUGCUCGAAUGGUCUUCAGCCCAUGAGUCCCAUGAUGACGAUGUGGAGGAGAUCUCUACCGCUCAGCACCACAGUGAAGAUGAAGGAUCAGCUGAAAAGACAGCUGACCCUGUGGUUUUGUCAAGACCCCCAUCUGGUUCUCUGAGAGGUCUCUCCUCGAGAAUUCAGUAUACUCCUGGCUCCCACCGCUUGGACAACUCUGUGACGCAGCGCUUAGAAGAGCGGCUGAGAGCAGCCAGAUCUAAAGUUGAGAGUCUUCAGCAGCAAGAGGCCUCUCUAGAGUCAUCCAGUCGCCUACAGAGACUCAGAGACAGAGACACCUUAACAAGGUUUGACCGAGAGGUUGAUUCAGACAGACCUGGAAGACAUGAUGUCUCUCUGGCCCCCAGCACCAGUGUCAAGUUCCAAGAAGCAGCAAGACGAGCAGGAAAUGGCCUACCGUCUGCAGAGGAGGCAUACAAUUUCUUUACAUUCAACUUUGAGCCGGAACCACAAGACAAGACUGACAAGAUUUGCAGGACAAGACAAAAACUGAAAAAAGCAGCUGAUCAGGACAAAGAUGAAGAAGGAGAGGAUGUUGAAGAGCAGGAAGAUGCUGAAGUAGAUAAAGACAAUCAAGAUGAAAAUGAAGAUGAGAGUGAAGAAGCUCCUCUAGUGCAAGAUGGAGAGGAGGAUUUAUUCGUCAUUGAACAAUCAUCCCGGGACUUCCUAGAAGUCAAGAAAGCACAGUAUGUCGGGUACAGAAAACUUAUACAGCAAGAAAGUGAGCUCCUCUUCACGCCAAGUUUUCGAACAGUCCCAACCUCCAUUAAACUGCCUGAAAACAUGAAGCCUCGUUAUCUGGAGGACGAGGGUCUGUAUGUAGGGGAGAGGCCUGCUGUAUCCCUGACCAAUGAGAACAUUCUGGAGAACCGCAUUUUAAAAACAGAGGAGGGAAAAAAGUGGUUUGGAGAUGACGGCAGAAUCGUGGCUCUGCCGGACCCUAUAAAGGAAUCAUCCACUAGACCCCCUCUCUUCCACAUGGAAGAGGACCUGGACCCUUCUCUGCAAACUGUGUACAGGAAGGCGCUCAAGUCAAAGCAUGCAAAUCUGUAUAUUGCUGGUGCAGCGGACCCUGAGGGAGACUACCAGCUUGAUGUUGAUGUCUCUGGGCUGAUCUUCUCCCACCACCCUCUGUUCAGCCGUGAACAUGUGCUGGGGGCUCGUCUUGCUCAGCUGUAUGAUCAGUACCUCACCAGGAAGCACAAUAAUCUUACAGGACACCUUACUGACAAGUUGAAUGGAUUGAGGAGUGCACUGCGGAAUAUGCUUGAGAUCCAUGGCAGGCAGAGCCACACCCAAGCCAUGCAGCAGAGGAUAUCAGAGUACAGUCUGGAGGUUAGGAACACUCGGCUGCUGCGAGACAGUGAGCAGGAGAAAGACAGGACUCUGCUGAAGAACAUAGUUAAGGUGUGGAAGGAGAUUAAGGCCCUCAGAGACUUUCAGAAGUUUACCAACACACCUUAUAAACUCUACCUCAGAAGAGAGAUUGUGGACCGGGCGUCAGAUGAGCAAGAGUAUGAAGAUGAAAUCUUGGCAGAGAUAGUGGAAUUGGAGGCAGAGAUCGAGGACGACUACCAGAGAAAGCUGGCAGAGUACAAGAAACAGCUGGAGGAGUGGAAGCUGUGGAGAAAGGAACAGAAAGCCAAGAAGAAGAGGAGAAAGAAGAAGAAGAAAGGCCAUGCACAAGAUGACACAGAGGACGAGGACGAAGACCAGGAGGUGAGUGAGUCAGAAGGGCCUGCUGAAGAAGGCCCUGCAAAGCCGGAGCCCCCAGAGAAGCCGGAGUUUGACUCUAUAGAGCAGCAGGUCAGGGAGAAAGCCUUGCGGAUACGCAGGAAACCGGGAGAAGCCAUCUUGAUCCCUGAGCUGUCUGCAUCUGGAAACAUCACGGCCAGUGAACUCUGUCCCAGGGCUGAAAUAGCUCGAAGAGAGGAUGUUGCAAGGCGCUCUCUCUUCAUCAAGAUCCUGUACAAUGACAAAGAAGUUUCCCGAACGGACAGCCGCUCCCUGAACACAGAUUUCAGAGUGCACUUCGGCCAGAUUUUCAAUCUUAAGAUAGUUAACUGUCCCCAGAGCAUCAGUUUACAGGUGUUUGAGGAGAUUGGCUCAUCAUGUUCCCUCCUGGCUCAAGUGUUCGUCCCCGUGCCAGAACCCUCCGUUGUGACGGGCAACGGCCCUCUGGAGGAAUAUGAGUUCAGCAGCAACCAGAGAGUGAUGUUUGAUCACGAGGGUGUAGGAAGUGACGUGCCUCUGUCCUUUGAGGCCGAUGGCAGUAACAAACAGACCCUGCUGACCUCUGGGAAGCUGUCGUGCUGUGUUUCCUGGGGGAUUGGGGAGGAUGAUGUACCGCUUGCCCCCCCUGUGUCUCAGCAACCUGGUGGCAUACACAGUGGCCUGGGCCGUCUUGAUGCUGUCACAUGUAUUGGGGCAUCUGGACUACAUGACAUGAAAAAAAUUGGAGAGUGGGCCACACAGUCACGACUGGACCCCAACGAUCCAAAGAAUGCAUCCAUCAUGCAGCUGCUUAAAGUGGCCAGCAGUGGAGAAGUAACGGCUCCGGAGUACUUCCGUCUAGAACAGCUGCAGGAGGAGUUUAACUUUGUGACUGAUGAAGAGUUAGAGAGGUCCAAGAGAUUUCGACUACUCAGACUCAGGAACCAGGAAGUUUCAGAGUUUCGAAGUUACAAGUUUGUUCCUGCUCUGGAGAGGGAGGUCACUGAUAAGGCGUUCCAGGAAUAUGAGAAGAGGCUGAAAGAAGGAGAGAUAAUUGACACUAAAGAACAUCUGGAUUCACACCGAGCCCUUGUAGCCAAAUACCUUCAGAAGAUUCGAGAGUCGGUCAUCAACAGGUUUAUUCUUGCCAAGCAUCAUUACGUUCUGUCUGACUUGGUGAUAGAAGAGGAGAUACCGAGCAUCGGGAUUCUGGGAAUAAACCUCUUCAAGCUGGCUGAACCCAAGCGGCCUCUGAAACCUCAGAGGAAGGAAAGAAAGAAGGUGACGGCUCAGAAUCUGUCUGACGGAGACAUUAAGCUGCUGAUCAACAUCAUCCGAGCCUACGACGUCCCCGUCCGCAGGUCCCAGAGCAAUAAACCGGGACAGUCGUCUCAGAGUGCCAUCCAGGGCAGCGAUUGGCUCCUCGGCCAGGUACAAGUGAGGCCCUUUGUGGAGGUUUCUUUCCAGCGCACAGUGCUUCAAACAACCACGGCUGAUGGACCAAACCCCUGCUGGAACGAGGAGCUGCAGCUACCAUUUAGUGCCCCAAAUGGUGACUACAGCGCUGCUAGCUUGCAGUCAGUCAAAGACGAAGUGUUUAUCAAUAUAUUUGAUGAGGUGGUUCAUGAAACUGGAGCGAUUGACAAAGACAAAGGGAAUGCCAUACACACCUGGGUAGAGAAGCACUGGUUGGGCUCUGUCAAGAUUCCUUUCAGCACCGUCUACUCACAGUCCAGGAUUGAUGGAACAUUCAAGGUGAAUACGCCAGCAGUGUUGCUGGGGUACAGUAAGGAGCGGAGCUACGGCACUAACGGUGGUUAUGAUAUGUUGCGCAGCCUGAGUGAGGGAGCAUUUAUCACACUCUUCAUCACCAUCGAACCUCAGCUGGUACCAGGAGAGUCUAUUAGGGAAAAGAUAAAGGAAGUGAAGUUUGACAGCCAAGAGGAUGAGCAGUUGCUGCAGGCUUCAGAGAGAUUUGAGAGGGAUGCAUCUCGAGCUUAUCCAGACCGACCCUGCAUUACCACCGUCAUAGACCUCAAUGGGAAGACGGUCUUCAUCACGCGUUACAUUCGACCACUCAACCCCCCGCAGGAGUUCCUGGAUGCGUUCCCCAACAACUCCCAGGAGGCCACGGCCCUGGUCACCCGCUUCGUCUCGCUUAUCCCUUCUUUGCCGGACAGGGUUUCGUUUUCCGGUGCCUGUGACCUGUGGAGCACCUGUGAUCAAUUCCUCACCCUCCUCGCAGGAGAUGAAGAAGAACAUGCUGUACUGUUGUGCAACUACUUCCUGUCAAUGGGCAAGAAAGCCUGGCUUUUAAUUGGCACUGCAAUACCAGAGGGCCCCACAGCAUAUGUUUUGACUUAUGAGCAGAGUCGCUACCUGAUCUGGAAUCCCAGCAGUGGUCAGUACUAUGGGCAGUAUGACACCUUCUGCCCACUGCAGUCAGUUGGUUCCCUGGUCAAUGCUGAUAAUGUUUGGUUGAACAUUCAGCAAUAUACAUCACCAAUGGCGAUGAGUUUUGACAUCACAAAAGCCAAUUUGUGGAAACCGUUUUUCUCUCGAUCCUUCUCUCACCCUGGGCUGUCAAGUGUACAACCUGAAGACCUGAUUUAUCAGCCCACAGACAAAGCAGCUGCAGCAGAGCUUCAGGACAGAAUUGAGAAGAUCCUGAAGGAGAAGAUCAUGGAGUGGCGGCCUCGUCACCCAACCCGCUGGAACCGCUACUGCACUACCAUCCUGAAACAGUUCCUACCCAAACUGGAGCUGAACAGGGGCCGGGACGUGGCCGAGGGGCACCGACACGAGUUGCAGAGCCUGCUGGGAGACAACAGGGUUUCAGGAUUCCCGCUGCAUCUGCCAUUCUCUGAGAUCCAGCCCAUCAUAGAGGCAGUACACAGUACUGGAGUUCACAAUAUUCAGACAUCAAAUGUGGAGUUUGCCCUGGCCGUGUAUGUUCACCCCUACCCUAAUAACAUCCUCUCUGUCUGGGUGUACCUGGCCUCACUCGUUCGCACGUGAUGCAAGAGACGCUUAUCUCACUGUGUCUCACUGCCUUGUAUAUAAUAAACGUGAGCUCUAUUUAAGUUCACUGUACUCAACACUAUGUUUGCACACUAUUGUAUAUCUAAUGUAUAUAAUGUAUAUCAGGUACGUUUUUAUAAUACAGUUUUGAGUUUGACAUCCGUACCUCCAGUCAAUCCCUUGAAUUAAAUUCCACCUUUCUGAACCUUCUCAUGUUCAGUUGUUCUUGUCUGUUAGAGAUGAGAGGCUGUAGCUUGUAUUGUUGUUGUAUCAGACUAUAUUAAAAUGUGUUUUCAUUA